ACUGGGAAGCACAAAUUGACAUAACAGCUUUGGGAAGCCAUGCCUCGGCAUCCAGCGCUGUCCGCCCCCAGCAUUAACCCGGCUAUUUCCAGAAACUUCCAGCCCACUUUUCCACGUCACUUGAGGGAAUCUUUAAAGCGUCCGUCGCCUGUGGAACAUGUUCCAGUACUCGACGGCCGGCAACAUGAACGGCGUGAAGACGCAGUCUCCGACACCGACGGCGAACAACAACGAGAACGAGCCUCUCCCCGUCGGCUGGGAAGUAAAAAUUGACCCUCAGACCGGGUGGCCCUUCUUCGUGGACCACAACAACCGCGCGACCACCUGGAAUGACCCGCGUCACGACGCCAAAAAGGUCAGAGAAGUUUCAUCAAAUGGACCCAAUAUACCACCAGAACCGAGCCCUCAGGAGUCACACAAAGCCUUCGUGAGGGAGAUGAAGCACCCCAUUCUGCGGCCCGGUUACGUUCCCAUCCCUGUCUUCCAUGAGGGCGCGGAACUGAGGCAGCAACAGCAUCCGUGUUAUUCCUACAUCCAGCCCAACGCCGCACAGAGCCUCCGGUUGGACGGGCGGACACCUUCCCCGACACCAGGGCUCCACUGCCGGCCCAGAUCCCCUUUACACGGCGCCACAAACAGCUGCUCCGCUGAGCCUGGAAAGGCCGGCUCGCCUGUCUCACAAACUGCAGAGGUCUACACCGCCCCGCAUCACCAACCCCCGCGGCCUAGCAGCACUGGUCUUCAAGCGGGUUACAUCCCCAUACCGGUGAUCCAUGAGGGUGGAGGAGGCCAAACACAGACGCAGCCUCAGUUGAAUCCUUCCGUCUACUCCCAGCGCGUCCCCUACUCAGAGCACCAGCAGCCCUUCUACCGCCUUCAGUCUGACGAAUGGCCCGGCUACUCUGCGGCGAUGCCGCCUGCCCGGGAGAGAGCCUCUCCGAUUCCCCAGCAUCGCGAUGCUACUUCUAUUCACCUCCAACCUCAUAUUAGAAGCCAGUCACCUAUUGUAACGCAGGUCGGGCUGGGAGAGAGACCACAGGCACAGCAGCAUGUCCUCACCAGAGAGCCACCCCAGAAAAUGGAGCAGGAGCAAAAAGGCCCUCAGCAGAAACCAGAGAGCGUGCAGCACCCACAGUCGCUGCCCACUUUUGCUGACGUCCAAAAGCCUCAACAGCCUCAACAGUUUCAACAGCCUCAACAGUUUCAGCAGUAUCAGCAGCCUCAACAGCUCCAACAGCCUCAACAGUUUCAGCAGCCUCAACAGCUCCAACAGCCUCAACAGUUUCAACAGCCUCAACAGUUUCAACAGCCUCAACAGUUUCAGCAGCCUCAACAGUUUCAACACGCACCACCUCAAACGUCUCCACAGCCUCAGCAUCCCGAACAGUUAAUGCAGUCUCAGUUUGAGAAACCACCACCACAACAACAACAGCAUACUGCAGAUAUCACAGUUCAAAUACCUCCAAAAGAAGAGUCCCAGGACAUGACAGCUGUUCCCCCAGAGGUCCCACCGGUUAAGGCUGAGAGUGAACCGGCUGCCCAGAGCCCAGUGCACCCGGGCCUGGCUAAGGUACAGCAGAUAGUCGGAAGGGUCGCCAAACUGGAGCAGGAGGUGAGAGGCUUUGAUGGAAAAAAGAAUGAUAAGAGAUACAUGUUGCUGGAGGAGCUGCUGACCAAGGAGCUUUUAGCGCUGGACUCGGUUGACCCAGAGGGUCGCAUAGACGUGCGGCAGGCAAGACGGGACGGAGUCCGCCGCGUCCAGACCAUACUGGAAGAACUGGAGCAACUGGAGGAGCGGCCGGGCAGGCCUGCAAGCAAGAUGUCGAUGGAGGGAGACAGCCCGACACCAAAAGGAGAGCCCAGAAUGAUCACCAAGGAAAAUGUCGAGCUGGCAAAGGAGAUAUCAUGAUUUCACACAGCAUAAUCAGGAGGGGAUUAGGGCAACCUGCUUUAUAUUUGAUAGUGAUCAAGCCCCACCCCUCCAUCUACAGCAUUUGUGGGAGUUGCAUGCAUUGAUUAACAGUGUUGGUAUUUACUGCCAUUCAAAACAUAUUGGGGCACAUAUGGGAGCUCAGUGCAAUCAUGUUUUUCAAGCCAAUGUUGUUGCCUUCUAUGUUGUGCCGAAGUCUUCGUAAUAAGACAGCUGUCCUGAUCACAGUGUUGUCAACAAUUUCCAGUCAAAUUGAAGUUUGAAUAAGAGGCCUUUUAUUAAUGAAAAGCAGCAGUAGUUUUCUUAAGAAAUGUUAUGUGUGGUUGGCUUUUGUCCUGAUCAAAUCUUUUUGGGAGCUUUCCUUAAUCCAGUCAACAAACCAGUCAGUGCACAUUGCAAACAUUGGGCCUUUAAAGCAGAAGUCAGUGCACAACUCAGUCAACAGAAAAGCCUUUUCCCUCUACAUGUUGGAGCUGUUUGUUAGAUGCUGCUUUCUGGUGCAUUACUGACUUUGCACUUUGCCAUCAUUGAAAUGUAAUACGCUGAAACAUUAUCAGCACUUCAUUUAAAAUGUACACCUUACAUAAGGUUUGAUUGAUGUGUUUGUAUGUGCAUUGGUUUACUUGUAAUUCCAAAAGCUAUUAUCAGUAUUUAUAUCACAUAGUAUUUUGGCAUAUUUAUGAAUGUGUAACGACAACCGGAGUUGAGAUGUGUAUCUUACUCGACACGUCCGACAAUCGGCCCUUGUUGGCACUUGACAAUCGGUGUUGUCAGAAUGUAUAACUACCACAGCCACAAUCUGCAAUGACGCUAACACAAAAGAUGGCCUUAAAAAUGCCAACAGAAGUUGGACAAUUCUUUAAGAGAUGAAGUGCAAGAAAACGUCAAUCUUUCAUAUUAAAUGUUAUUUUGAAGGUUACGCUAAUUGUUUGUGUAGUAAUUUGUCGCUCUGAUGUGAUCAUAAGCCAUCUGUGAGGUGUGGUCACUGCAUAACACACCUUUACAAAUGAUGGUGAAUUUGUGGUGAAGUGUUAAUCACAGUUUACGAGUAGCAGACUGAUGCAUUGUUGAAAGUCACCUUGGUAUGUUUGAAAAUAAAAAUGUAUUUGACAUGG